UUCCUGCUUUCCCCUCCAUCCCACUUCAACAACUUUCUUUCGAGUCCAAGCAGCUUGAGUACUCCACAAAAUUUUCAAAAUGGAAUCGGCCGGCCGGUCUGUCCGUUUUCUGCCUAAAUUGGACCCAUCCGAACCGCACAACUUUAUCAAACCAUGCAAGAAGAUCCACGAGUCCCAAGAUGUUCAGACCUUUCUAGUCUCGAAAGCUUACACUGAUAUUAUGACCUUUAUCCUACAACUGAAUCGCUCAAUAUUCCCCACAAAACUUUCUGACGGAGAAUCACAAGCAUGGCCUUUGGGUACAGAUGCUGUCCAAUUCUCCGCGCCUAUUCGACAGCUACAGGCGUUACUUUCCAAGCUCGAGGACCUCAUACAAGAGGUCCCGCCGGACACUGGGCCACGCCGAUUUGGAAAUAUCAGCUUCCGAAAAUGGCACGAAGUUCUGGAAGAACGGGCCUCUGCUCUGCUAAGAGACUGCUUGCCCGCGGAGAUUUUGGACACGCCUUCGGCAGAUCCCCAGGGACCUACAGCGGAGACGGAACUGAAAGCAUACUUUCUCGGUAGCUGGGGGAGUGGCCAGCGGUUGGACUAUGGCACAGGACAUGAGUUGAGCUUUUUGGCAUUUUUGGCAGCCAUCUGGAAGCUUAACGGAUUUCCGACAUCUGACCCGGGAGUUGAAGAGCGAGCCAUAGUCCUCGGAGUUAUUGAACCAUAUCUUGAACUUACCCGCACUUUGAUCAAAACGUACACACUUGAGCCGGCUGGGUCCCAUGGUGUAUGGGGGCUUGACGAUCACUCCUUUAUUCCCUACAUUCUAGGCUCCGCCCAGUUGGCUCCAGCUAUCACCGAGACAGACCUGACCCCAGAAGAAGGGUCAUUACCUAGUGCUCCUGAUCCCAGUGGCGUCGCGAAAGCAAACAGCGUGGAGAGGGAGAGGAGAACUAAUUUGUAUUUCUCGGCCAUUGGAUUUAUCUAUGAUGUGAAAAAGGGGCCGUUCUGGGAACAUAGCCCUAUGCUAUACGAUAUCUCUGGUAUUAGAGCCGGCUGGGGCAAGAUCAACAAGGGCAUGGUGAAAAUGUACAACGCAGAGGUCUUAUCUAAGUUCCCCGUUGUUCAGCACUUCCCCUUUGGUUCUUUGUUUAGUUGGGCUCGCGACCCCAACGCUAUUGCGCCCCCGACAACCAUUCACUCAACCUCUGGUCCACAAGCGCGACCUGCUGUGCCAGAUGGGGGUGCCUCGUCGACUACAGCUCGGCCAACUAUGGAUGCAGGUACGAGGGCGCCGUGGGCGACUGCAGGAGCAGGAUCUCGUGCGCCUCCCAUGGGAAAUACAGCGGCGCCGUGGGCUGCGGCACGAAGGGACGUGCCUCCAGCUUCAAAUACAGCUCUGCCCGAUACCUCUCGACUACCCCCGGGUCCUAUGGCUCCUAAUACCAGAGCUCCCUGGGCAGCCACCCAAGCUCCUCCGCCACCAGGGGGUGAUGGGCCUACCAAGGCACCCUGGGCUAAGUAG